AUGACUAAUCGCACUCUCGGAAAAGAGAAGGCUCCGAUCUGCAUUGAACUCAACAAGCCACCAUUGGAUCCAGCCUUUGAAGAAGAGAUGAAGCAACUUCGAUAUGCCUUGUUGCUAUCAAAAAUCAAAACUACUCUUGAGAAGGAACACCAGAAUGAUCCGAACUGCAACGUAAGUGGCUCGAAAGAUGAGCAUGGCCGAGAGAUUGACUCAGACAAAGAAGACGAAAGUGAUGAAGAAGAUGAAGACGAUACUGAUGUCGAAGAUGCAGAUGAUGAGCAUGACGAUGAUGAUGAUGAUAAUGAUGACAAUGAUGACUUGGGCAAUGAUAGAGAUAAACGGGCUGACCCGAAUUAUGAUAGCAAAUCUCCCCUCUUGAUUGGUCCUGAUUGUGACACCUUUCCUCAACGAUCUCCUCUUGAAAAAUUUCCCUCUGACAGUGAUGACACGAAGGAAGCAUCACAACAAGAUAAAGAGAUUUCAACUGCUCAUCCCGAAGACUUGUCUCGAGCAAUAAUUCCACAUAUCCAACCCAUGGACGAGACUCCAAUCAAGCGUGAAGAAGCACUUGUGCGUGAGGGAAAAAUGGACGCCUCACCAAUUCUUCUCAGCUCAGCAAGUGGUGGCAAAAAGGAAGCACCACCUCAAGACGAACAGAUGGACACAUCGCCAACCAAUGUUGAAGAAGAUUCAUCCCCGGAGUCCCCACGGAUUAUCAUGAACCUCAUGCGAGAAACUGUUCAUGCAGCUGAAACCAUUCAUCAGCAAUAUCUAACUCUUCGGCAAAGGGACACGAAAGCAUUGGAGGACUUAUCCAAGAAGGUAGACCUCUUGAUGGCUGCCCAAACUCAGUCUCAGCCUCCACCUCAAGAACAGCCUCAACCGCCUCCACAAGCUCAACCUGAUCAACAGUUCAAUGAUAAAGUGGCAAAGAAGCUCUAUGACUUUCAUACCACCAUCAACAAAGUUGCACGACAACAACACGAACUCAAACACUCACACUUUAGCCUCAAAGAGCGUGUUGAUUUGGCUUGCACAAAGAUAGAUACUUCACAGGACAACACAUACCAGCUGGGACAAUAUGCUCUUCAAAUUCUCGGGUAUAUCCAAGACAUCUUGAUUGCAGUGAAUAAAUCUUCCAAUGUUCCUCCUACCACUUGUGCCGAUGAUGCCAAAAAGGGGGAAAAGAGAAACAAUGACGACAAGGAUAAGGAUGAUGAUCAUCCGAGAGAUAACAUGAGAGAACGGUCUCCGAGGGAAACUCCAAAAGAACGACGUUCUCCUUCUCACACACCAAGAGACUCUGGCCAAAGAAACACAAAGUCGUCGCAUCCCCCAUCAAAGUCUCGUGGUCACCAUUCCUCACAGUCAAGAUACUAUUCGAAUCGUGGUCGAUCCCAACCCAGAUCACUCAAGCCUCGUCAAUCUUAUGAUUCUGAAGCUCAAUAUAUUUUCACUGGACUCUCCAAGAGAGAAAAAGACGAACCUGAGACAGAGACUCAUGAAGAACAACAAAGUAGUGAAAAAUGUUUUGAGGGUUACAACGUUCCUGUCUGGCUCAAGACAAAGGACAAUCAUACAAGGCAACAUCAUAUAAGCACCCAAAACGAAAGGAUCAAGAGAGAAAAUAGAGAGCUAUGGGCGAAACAUGAAGAAGAGGUUAGAAGAAGAGAGCAUGAAUUAGAGGAAAGAGAGAGAGUAAAGAAGCUUAUCGAAGAUCUCUCAAAUGUAACCAAAAACUCUCCGCAAGGUGUUAUCUACAAUGCAGCUUUCAAAGUGCAUACUGAGUCCGAAAAAAGUUACAAAGCGGGAAUGAAUUAUUUUGAACUCAUCUCGUGGUGGAAGGCUGGAAUAGUCGAAGGAAGAAAUAUUCGUGAAGCCGACAACAAUUACACAAGUAUGAACAUCAAAGGAAAACACGAAGAUCUUGUCAAGACAAAUCCUAUUAAGAUCUUCAGAAAACGGAUCAAUGAGGAAAUCGACUUCACCAGAAUGCUCAAACAACAAAAGGAAAGGGACACUCGUGAACAUGAGGAAGCCGAGCAACAGAAGUCAAAACUUCUAGAAUUGUAA